CUGGUAUUCAUCAGCAGCAACAAGGAAUGAAAUACUCUGCUUAAAGACACAACAUAACGCUUGGUCCAGUAUAACAAUACGAUCGCGAGCUGAGCAAUCCCAAACACUAAGGCCCGCAGCUGUACCUACGAUUAGGACAGUAAUUGGCCAGAUGCAUCGGAUAGGAAAAAAAGGGAGAUCAUUCUAUAGCAUAGUAGAGUUAUGGUUCUUGAAAUAAGUGGUGUACCGAAACGAAAUAUCUGCAAGAUUAUCGGGUUUAUAUAAGAUUUGUACUUUUAGACUUCUAGAAAGCUUUGGUUCCGUUAGACUCUGCUGUUACGUAUUAUACUUAUUAUCUCUGUCUGUAUACUAUACUAUAUUGUUAAUUUUUUUUACCGAGACCAGUUCUCAUUUAUUUUGAAACGAAGAACAUUCUAGACUUUCAAAGCAUGACGUAAUACUACAUUUACCAACCCGUGUAUAUAUAAAUAUAUAUAUAUAUAUAUAUAUAUAUAUAUAUAUAUAUAUAUAUAUCCUCAUACAUAUUAUAACUUACUGUUAUUACCUUGUCUAUCUGGUUUGGUAAUGUUCUUUCAUUGAUACGUAUACAUAACUUUUUUACACAUACAUAAAUAACAGCAUCCACACCUACGUCACCGGUUCAUUGCACAUGGUGAUAUCCAUGUUAUAUCCGGAAAGGGCUUUUAUUCUUAAGAAAUAUUUAGUAUCGUUAAUAAUGUUCUAUUUAAUCCGUAACAUACCCUAGGGCUGUUGAUCUAUUCUCAAAGAAACGUAUACGGUAUGUUUGUACAUGUAAACACAUUGUUAUACACACGCAUACACAUACAUGUUUAUGCAUUACUAUGUAUGUAGCCUUAGGAAGCUGAGCCUAUGUAUGUAAACCUAUAAACCUGAUCCUUCUCCAGUUAGCAUGGCGCGAAUUUUGAUAAGUGUUCGGUCUGAAGACUUCCUAGUUGACUGUUAUUUAUUCCGCCGUGGUCACAACCCAACACAACUCGAUGUGUCCCAGUUGGAAUACAACAAACAGACAAACAGUCUACAUUUAGUUCCUAACCAAACAUAUCCCCUUGCUCUAUCUGCAGCUAAUUCCUCCGAGUCUCCAAUAUCAGACAGUACAGAAAAGUGUGUUUUUAACAGGUCCCCACAUUUAUACUCGACAGCACCAACAUGUUCAGCCUUCACCCUUGACAAUGAUGAUCGUAUUGAUGAUGCCAGUGAUUGUUGUAGGGGAGGAGUUGAUCAUAUCUCCAAGACUCCAGCUGUCAUGGUCCCCACCGUGAUGUAUCCCAUUCGUCAGACAUGCCUCUUACUUGAUAGUCAUCUCGUCUCUCUUCUUAUGGAUCGAGUUCGUUUUUCCCCCAAAUUCAAGAAGCGGUUCAUCAAAUUCGUCCAGUCCAAUAUUGGUUUCAGCCACCGUCCUGCAAAUAUUAUCCUUGACCAAUCACACACCACAGUGCCCUAUUUUAUCGAUAUUGUUCUCCAGUAUCCUAAACAAUACAUUGAUUAUAGUUGGUAUUGUAAGAUGCAGCAUUUGGUUGAGAUGAAGCUGAGAAUGGAUGAAGCAAUGGCCAUAUUAUCUACUCUUGGGGGUGGAUAUUCUGCCUUAGGAGAGUAUUAUGAAAAUCAUUCUUUGGAAGCUUUCAACAUUGCUGUAAAACAACUGCAAAUUGCAUUGAAAUCUACCGAUCCACUGAGUGUUUCCCGCUGCUAUCUCUACAUUGCACUCAGUCUUAUGCAACGGGGCUAUCUUCAUUGUUCACGUGCCAUAAUCAGAAAGCAGUUUUCAUUUGCCAAAAACCACAUGAUCCAAGAUGGACGUUUAAUAUCAAUGUGCCAUGGACUUUGGGCUAAACUGGGUUUCUUGUAUCAUCUGAGGAAUAUGAAGAAGAAAGGUUUACAAUAUAGCACAGACACAGAAAUGGACAAUGUUCUGUCUUCUCCCUCCACUUACCCUAACCAAAAUUGUUGCAAAAUUCAGUUGGCACCCUGUAGUUCUUGAUGAUUCUUUCACUUUAGCUGUUGCACUGAAAGAACUGAUUCACAGAGUAAAUUCUAGAAUUUCAUUAAAUUGGAAAAAUUUCUUGUCUGAAUUCUUUGUGAAAAUUCUAGUAUAUGGAAAUAUUUUAGGACCCAAUUAUUUUUGCCAACUUCAAGUAUAAUGCAAAACUGUGUUCAUGAGUUUUCACUGGAGUACUUUGAUUCUCGAGGUGUUUGGAAAAUAAUGGGACCCUCAGAGUUUUGUCUCCUUUAUAAUUUUUAUAUAAUUCAUAUUUGCAGCAUUAUCUCCUGUUUUAAUUCUGCAUGAUUUAUUUUGACUACCAGUGUUUUAUCCCUGGUUGAAAUCACCCCUGAUAUAUUAUACACUGAUUACAGCUUUAAUAAUAAGAUUUGUGUGUCAGCCAUGUAACAUUCCAAUGGUUUAUUAUAAUAUUAUACAACAGUAGACCUUUGCUCUUAUUUCUGAUGGUCAUCAACAACAUUCCACUUUUUAGAUGUUCAAAAUGACAAUAUAAAGUGUGCCGAACUUGCUUACUUUUGGCUUCUGAUUUUAUUUUAAUAACAUCAGAAAAAACAACAACAAUAUGUUGAGGAAUUCAUCAAGCUUCAGUUCAUUCUCGCAGUUGUCAAUGUGAUUUCUUAAGGUACAUUCAAGAGGAUACCUUGAGGUAUACCUAUGAAAGUGUCAAGUAAAAAUUCUGGUUAAGCAUGGA